AUGUCGUCGUCGACGGGCGGCUUCCUAGGCCGCUCCAGCACCAGCAACUCCAACAUGCGCGGUCUGGUGCAGUUUAUUGCUGACUUGCGAAAUGCCCGCGCACGCGAGCUGGAGGAGAAGCGCAUCAAUAAGGAGUUGGCCAACAUUCGGCAGAAGUUCAAGGAUGGCAACCUCAGUGGCUAUCACAAGAAGAAAUACGUUUGCAAGCUUCUUUACAUCUACAUCCUUGGCUGGAACGUCGAUUUUGGCCACCUCGAGGCCGUCAACCUGAUUUCUGCGACCAAGUACUCCGAGAAGCAGAUCGGCUACCUCGCCAUGACUCUCUUCCUCCACGAAAAGCAUGAGCUGCUCCACCUCGUCGUCAACAGCAUACGAAAGGACCUUCUCGACCACAACGAGCUGUUCAACUGCUUAGCGCUACACGCGAUUGCCAACGUCGGUGGCCGCGAGAUGGGCGAGGCCUUGAGCGGCGAAGUGCACAGACUGCUGAUUUCGCCAACAUCAAAAUCGUUUGUCAAGAAAAAGGCCGCCCUGACCCUGCUCCGUCUCUACCGCAAAUUCCCCGACAUCGUCCAGCCGCAGUGGGGCGAGCGCAUCAUCUCGCUGAUGGACGACGUGGAUCUCGGCGUCGCCCUGUCCGUGACGUCGUUGGUCAUGGCCGUGGCCCAGGACAACCCGGACCAGUACAAGGGUGCCUACGCCAAGGCUGCGGCGCGUCUCAAGCGCAUCGUCGUGAACGGCGAGUACUCGGCCGACUACCUGUACUACAAGGUACCCUGCCCGUGGCUGCAGGUCAAGCUGUUGCGCCUGCUGCAGUACUUCCCGCCGUCCGAGGACAGCCACAUUCGUGAGAUGAUCCGCGAGUCGCUGCAAAAGGUUCUGAACCACGCCAUGGAGUCCAACAAGAACGUGCAGCAGAACAACGCCCAGAACGCGGUGCUGUUUGAGGCUAUCAACCUCAUCAUCCACCUCGACACGGAGCACGCCCUGAUGAAGCAGAUCUCGUCCCGCCUCGGCCGCUUCAUCCAGUCGCGCGAGACCAAUGUACGCUACCUCGGCCUCGAGGCUAUGACGCAUCUCGCCGCGCGUGCCGACACGCUCGAUCCCAUCAAGCAGCACCAGGACAUUAUUGUUGGCUCCCUGCGCGAUCGGGAUAUCAGCGUGCGGCGCAAGGGCCUCGAUCUGCUGUAUAGCAUGUGCGACUCGUCCAACGCCACGCGCAUUGUUGGCGAGCUCCUCCACUACCUGCAGAAUGCCGACUUUGCCAUCCGCGAGGAGAUGGUGCUCAAGAUUGCCAUUUUGACCGAAAAAUACGCCACCGACGUCCAGUGGUACGUCGACAUCACGCUUCGGCUCAUCGCCAUGGCCGGCGACCACGUCAGCGACGAAGUGUGGCAGCGCGUCAUCCAGAUUGUCACCAACAACGAGGAGCUCCAGGUGUAUGCUGCUAAGAACAGCCUCAUGUACGUGAAGCAGGACCACUGCCACGAGACGCUGGUCAAGAUUGGCACGUACAUUCUCGGCGAGUUUGGCCAUCUGAUCGCCGAGGAGCGCGGGUGCAGCCCCAUCGAGCAGUUUCUAGCCCUGCAGAACAAAGUGCCGGCCUGCUCGGCCAGCACCAAGGCCAUGAUCCUGUCUUGCUUUGUCAAGUUUGUCAACCUGUUCCCCGAGAUCAAGCCGCAGCUGGUCCACGUCUUUGAGGUCUUUAGCCACACGCUGGACUCGGAGCUGCAGCAGCGGGCGUGCGAGUACCUGGCACUCGUCAACAUGCCGACAGACGACCUGCUGCGCACGGUCCUGGACGAGAUGCCGCCGUUCCCGGAGCGGCAGUCCGCGCUGCUCUCGCGGCUGCACCAGAAGCACGCCAACACCAGCGACAAGCGCACGUGGGUGGUGGGCGGUAAGGACGCCAACACCGACUCGGGCGAGCUGGGCAUGGUUAAGAACCCGGGCCUGCGCCGCACGUUCAGCACCAACGACGCAUCGUCGCCCAACGGCAACGGCCACCACGUCAACGGCAGUGGGCCCAACGGCUCGGCCAACGGCGCCGCCAACGGCCAGUCCAAGUCCAUCAACGACCUGGCCGGCAUCGACAUGCACAUGCUGUCCGGCGACACAAAGCCGGCCAAGACGCCAAACCUGGCGAGUGCCGCCCACUUGUCGCCGGGCUGGGAGCGCGGCUUCAACCGGCUCAUGCUCCGGGCCGACGGCGUGCUCUUCGAGGACGGCCAGCUGCAGGUAGGCGUGCGGUCCGAGUACCGUGGCCAGGUUGCCUGCCUGAUCCUGUACUUUACAAACAAGACGCCGGCGACCAUCACGUCGUUUACGACGACGCUCGACCUCGACGAGUCCGAAAAGGGCAAACUGACGUGGGACGUCAAGAACCUUCCGGACACCAACAUUGGCCCCGCCGCGCAGUCACAGCAGGUCAUCAUGUUCGAGGCCAAGACGGUCUUUGAGAAAAGCCCCACCAUCCGCGUGAGCUACCUGGCCGGUGCUCUGCAGGCCAUUACACUCAAGCUGCCGGUGGCCAUUCACAAGUUUAUGGACGCCACGGAGCUGGCGGGCGAAGAUUUCUUCAAGCGCUGGAAGCAGAUUGGCGGCGCACCGCGCGAGGCACAGCAGGUGUUUGGCAUCGAAGGGGGCCGCGAGUCGGAGCGCGAGUUCAACGAGACGUUCAUCAGCAAGGUGCUCGAAGGGUUCCGGUGGGGCCUGCUCAAGAAUGUCGACCCCAACCAGAAGAACUACGUCGGUGCCAGUGUGGUGCACACGUCCGAGGGCGGCAAGUUUGGCUGCCUGUUGCGGCUGGAGCCCAACUACGGCACUCAGAUGGUCCGCUUGACAAUCCGUGCUACGGAUGAGUCUGUGCCUCCGGUGCUCCUCAAGCUCAUGCAGAGCCGUCUGUCGGCUGGCUAUGCGAUCCACGGCGAGGCUCUACGACCGCCGACGAAGCGAGAGAUUUCGGAUGCGUUCAGCAACGUGCUUGUCGGCGCCGAGGAGAAUGGCCGUUAG